GGCGAGCCUUCGUCUCGAUCUCAGUCAAUGUCAAGAGUACCAAUCUGAUGAAUGGAGUCAGAGUGAAGCCGUGCGUUGAGCCCUGAAACCCUUUUGUUUCUGCAAAUUGAUCUGGAAAUAUCCACUAUCAAUAUUGCUUAUUAUUGGCGUACGGCAAUCAGAUGUUGCUGCUCCCUAUCAUCACCCAGAGGACGUGCUAGGCUGAGGACCAGGUGUUAUUCUCCGCGUUUGAUCGAUGCUAUCAUUAGACGAGCCAGACCUAGUUAGUUUAUUUAUGUCUGCUGGUCUUUAUGGUAACGUCGUCAACUCCGUUGCCACUAUUUCGGUGUGGAAUAUUCAACUAGUGACGUCUUGCGAGCUGCCUCUCUUCUGUCUGUUUCUAUGCUCGCUUGACCUUCUCGGCAGUGGCCUGCUUCCUUUCUUCGACACAUGCGUGACACUCGAUUUUUCCUCUUCGUGAUUGUAUGGCAUAAUCCAGACGUCGCCACUUGUCAGAAGGCCAUGGGGCCUACCUGCGAAGGUUUCAAACAAGUAUAGCAAUUGGUUCAAAGAAUUUGAACUAAGCUUCGCUAUCCCUGCACAAUGCUAUUGCAUAUAUCGGUGAGUCAAGCGACUAGGGCUCAAGAACAAUAUUAUGUUGGAUAUACAAAUAACGCUUCCCUCCACUAUGCUAUGCACAAAAAAAAUCCAAGAGGAGAUCAAUGAAGAGGAUUUGUUCCGUCUUUGGAGGCAGGCAACGCGGAUCUGAAGAAAAAAUGUUUUUGUGAACUCAACUGAUUGGGAUAAAACGAUCAUUCCAUGAACGAAAGCUUACUUACC